UAUGAGGAGAGCCUUAUGUAUUAGUUUGGCUCCAGAGUUUCUAAACAAACUUUAAAGACGAAGCAUAUGUUGUAACAAAGUUUUUUUCUGGUUUGAAUAUAAUUUUUGACAUUCAACUUUUUUUAAAAAAGAUAACUAACUACCUCAUGCAUAUGUGCAGACCAAAGAAAGAAAAAAAAAAAAACUAACUGCAUGUCAACUUUGCGUGACGACCAAUAUAUAAUCCGAAAAUAAAUGCACGUCAAUUUUGUGUAAAGACAAUAUAUAUAUAGUGGCGGCCUCUUCUCCUCGAAAUCUCAAUUCAAAUCUCCAUUUCUUACAUUCAUAUCAACAACUAACUAUGGCUCGCCCUAACGUUCUCCUCCCCUCCCUCCUCUUCAUGGCCACCGUCUCUCUCUUUGCAUUCGCUGAAGAUUGCGACUACACAAUUUACGUCAGAACCGGAACGAGAGAUAGCGCGGGCACAGAUGCGAACGUAGCCGUUGUACUCUCCGACAAGUACGGAAAUAAGGUCCAAAUCCCAAACCUAGAGAACUGGGGUGGGUUAAUGGGACGAGGUCACAACUACUUCGAGAACGGUAAUGUGGACGUUUUCUCUUCCAAGGCCACGUGUCUUGCGGGCCCAGUUUGCUUACUGAGUGUGACCUCUGACGGCACCGGCAACAAGCCCGGCUGGUAUCUCGACUCCGUGGAAGUCAGGGUUGGAGCUGACAGCGCACGUCAGCAUUUCAAUGUGGACCGAUGGCUUGCGACCGAUGAGCGGCCCUAUGACCUCACUGCCAUACGGAACAUCUGUGGGGUCUGAGAUCAUCCGGGAGAAUCUCUGAGACUUGUUUCUACUUCUGUAUCGUCUUCUCAACGUCUUAUAUGGCAAAAUUUGUUAAUGCAUGUUGUCACUUGAAUAAACUCGUCUGUCUUGUGCACCUGUGAUGCAUGGUAAUAAUGUAAUUUCAAUUUCAAUAAACUCGACGUGUGCGGGCAUUUCUAUUUCUAUACUACUGUUUUUUUCUUAGAGACUAUAUAUAUAUAUAUAUACAUAUAUAUUCCCACUUCUUGAUAUGUUUGAUUUUUGAAAAAUUCAAUUUUAU